UGGCCGCAUGGAGAGAGUGUAAACAAAAGUUGAAAAAAAUCUUUUCAUCCAUAGUUAUAGCAAUGAAUCAGCCGUCUGACAUCAAAGAAAUCGCGACUCUGAGAGUACUGCAUCUUCCUCCGCUGCUGUCCGACGAGCGACGCGAUGAACUAUUCAAACAUUACGGCGCCGUACGAACGAGAACGAUCAGAAAAUCAGCCAAGUACACGAUAACGUUCGUCGAAUUUCCGAAUCAACGUCACGCCGAGGAGGUGCUGGCGGUGCUGCAUCAAUUGCCGGUCAAAGGUCGUCGACUCUCCAUCGAGUUCGCCGAGAGAAAUGUGUCGGCGGCGGACAAGGAGAACACGAUCCAAAACGAGGACUCGAUCAAGGCCGACGUCGACCUCGAGCAGAGCAAAAUCAAUUUCCAAAAGUUCAUGAAGAAGUUGAACACAUGGGCUCCUUUUCAUGUGCUGACGCAGCCCGUUCCACCCAGCUUGCGUUACAAGUAUCCUGAACCAAGUGCAAACGUUCUUUUGAAAAUUGCAAUGCAGCUGCAUCGGGUGCCUGCUUUUUAUACACAAGUUUUGCAUUUGAUGAACAAAAUGAAUCUGCCGGCACCAUUUGAUAAUUUUGAGGAACGAGAUCCAUUGAUUAAAGAUGCGUAUAAAGACAUUGGAUCAUUCAGAGAAUUUCUUGGAGUUCAGGAGCUUAAUAAAAAUAACCGAGAGUCCUUGUUGCACAGUUAUUCAGAAUCAGAAAUGUUGUAUACAAAAUCUACACAGGAUAUGCAAAAUCUAUUCGUGCCACAACAGGUUAAUGAUGUUCAGGAACCUUCAGAAAUUGUUGAAGAAGAUGAUGAAUCCGAAUUAGAAUCUGACCAUGAAAUGUCUAGUACAUCAGAAAAUAUUAUUCCACUCAAAAGAAAAAGAGCACAAUUAACCAAUCGACCAAAAAUUCCUAAAUUUUUUAAUCCAUACAAACAGCCUGCUAAUCUAUCAACUGGAUCAAAACCUAAGCCCCAAGAUAUGUUUGAUUUACCACAAGUUAGCUCUCGUAAAAUACAAGUAAAACCUAUUGAGUCUGUUAAACUGUUAUCUGAAAGUACUCCACCAUUUAUAGUGGAAAAAAAUACAGAAGUGGAAGGUUUUGGACUUAUUACAGCAGUAAUGAAUACUGAAGAAGAAACUGAAAAGGGUGAAAAAGGUCAAUUAGAAAAUGUACCAGAAUGUAUAGAUUCUGAGCAGCUUGCUAAAAAUAAAAUAUCAGCCAGUGAUCAAAGAUUACUACCUGUAUUCAAAAAUUAUCAUCCUGGAAAGCCCUCUAACCGUUUAUACAUUAAAAAUCUUGCCAAGCAAGUGGAAGAGAAUGAUUUGCACAGUAUCUAUAGAAAGUACAUUUUACCAGAUUCAAAUCCUGGAGAAUCAGAAUACAAUGUACGUCUCAUGCAAGAAGGCAGAAUGAAGGGUCAGGCAUUCAUUACGUUGCCAAACAUUACUCAAGCACAAUUAGCUCUCAAUGAAACAAAUGGUUACAUUUUAAAAGAAAAACCAAUAGUUGUACAAUUUGCAAAAGCUGCAAAGAGUUAGCCUUCGAUUUUCGAAAGUUGAUGUAAAUUUGUAAAUAUUUGAUGUCAAUUGUAAAUUUGUAAAUAGUCGAAACCAGCACUUGUAAAUAGUUUAGUUAAAUUGUUUGUUAUGAUAAUUAUAAUUUUCAAAUUAAUCAUUCCAGUC